AUGGGUUCAUUAUACACACCUAUCUCCUACGCCAAUAAAUAUGAAUGGAGCCUGCCUAACAAUGUCCGUCGCCUAUACAUCGAUGGCAUUGACGAGCUCGUGGGUCUCGUGCCAGAGCAUUUCGCUCAAACCAUGAAAUGGCACCCCAAGUUCUUCUCUCUCCCACCUCCUGCUUUCGAAGGCUGCUCUCAUCGCAUAAUACUUAUUCGUACCGAUUUCCUACCGUUCGAGGGUGGUCUACCUCUUAACUGCGGAGAUCUUGUAAAAUGCUGCGAGCUUGCUCUCGAAAAGCUCGCCCUCGACAAUGGAGACUUUCCCUCAUUGGCCAACUGGGAAGCCACCAGUUGUGACGGGCGAGAAUUUUCGCCAGUGCACAUGUUUACCCAUGGUUUACGAGCUAUGCGCAUUCCAACGCCCCUGAGAGGGUUUCUCGGGAUACUGACGGUUGGGGUACACCUCAACGUCUACAGCAGAGACCGUACGACCAACGAGUACCGCAUCUGGGUCGCAAAACGCGCCGUUGGUCGCAAGUACAGCUACUCCGGGAUGCUGGACCAGAUCGUUGCGGGAGGCGUGGAUGUGGAAGACCGAAUCAGGCACUGGAUGGCUCCGUUGAAGACACUGACUCGUGAGGCUAAGGAGGAGACGGGCCUCGAAGUCGAGCAGAAUCAAAAUGUGUUUGCGCCUGGCACUGACACAGAGCCAAGGAGAGAAAUUGGCAGGGUUGUCAGAGCUUCAUGGGUCAGUUUUUUCGACAGAAAAGAUCGAAAUGCAGGCGAACACGACGAAGGUCAGCUUGAACCUGGUGUUAGAAUCAUAUAUGACCUCGAACUCAUGAACGACUUUUGUCCACAAGAAAACGAGGAUAGCAUCGAGAAGAUCAUGCCUAUGGAUGUGUCGCAGGUGAAGGAGAGCCUGUUGGUGGAUGGCAAAUGGAAGCCAAACUGCGGGCUUGUGAUGCUGGACUUCUUGGUGCGCCACCGGCUUGCUGAUGUGCAAAACGAUAGUCAUUUCACCUCUAUCAUGAGAGACUUGCGUCCAGACUUACCCUUUAAAUUUGCAGAUCGAUGGAACGAGUGCAGAAUGGGGCGGUAG